GGCUCACCCAUCUACAUAUCCAAUUGCUAACAAUAUUCAGUAUUCAAAACAAAAAAAAUCCAUUCCCCCACUACCUAUCUCGUUUAGUUAACACUGCUGUCAAUGACUUCCCAGUCACCGGACUUUGCCCUGGUGAAUUGAUUGAAAGAAAACAGGCACAAGAAUAAUCUUUUCAUUAGUGGUUGUGGACUGCUUUUUUAAACUUGGAAGUACAGGAAGCUGUAAUAUAUACAAGCAGAUUUAUCUUAUUGUAUGAGGUAAAUGAGAAUUUUUUUCUCAAUCUGGAUCGAGUUACAUGUCGGUAUUGUAAAUUAUAGUCUGCAAUAGAAUGGCAGACCGAAAAGCAGUGAAAAUUGUCAGUGAUCAACCAGACUUUCUGCAGUUUAAUAACCUGGCCUGUGAGACAGCUGGAGGAAAUGUUAUUUUUGCGACAGACGAAUGGUUUGCACCAGCUAGCAAUCUUCUGAAGAAAGAGCCACCAGAGUUCAUAGCGUCUGCAUUCACCGAGUACGGAAAAUGGAUGGACGGCUGGGAGACGAGAAGGAAAAGAAUACCUGGUCAUGACUGGUGUAUCAUCCAGCUGGGUGUACCUGGCAUCAUACAUGGCCUGGAUGUGGACACGUCCUUCUUUACUGGAAACUACUCGCCCUCUGCCUCAGUUCAAGCUGCAUGUCUGGAUGAGGCCCCAGCACUGACCCUGGAGGGAGACCGCACUGGCAUGGCUGCUUCCGACAGUCAGUUUGAAGCAGUUGCUAAGUUGCACUCUGAGUCGUGGGAGGAGCUUGUUCCUGUGACAGAGCUGAAACCUGGAUACUCCGACACCUGUCAUAACUACUUCCCAAUCACCUACCCCAGCAGAGUCACCCACCUACGACUCAACAUGUACCCAGAUGGGGGGAUUGCUAGACUGAAGGUCUAUGGCGUUGGGCAGAAAGACUGGUCUGCCCUGCCCACACAGGACCAGCUGGACCUGGUGGCCCUGGUCAACGGUGGGGUCUGUCUGGGCUACAGCGACGCCCACUUUGGCCACCCCCGGAAUAUGAUUGGUUUGGGAAGAUCUGCAAACAUGGGCGAUGGAUGGGAGACAGCCCGUCGACUGGACAGACCCAAAAACCUACAGGUGGAUGGGAAGGGCAUCCUACAGGUACCAGGUUAUGAGUGGGCCGUUCUCAGACUGGGGCAUCCCGGAGUCAUCAGCCAAAUUGAGAUAGACACCAACCACUUCAAAGGAAACUUCCCAGACUCCUGUAAGAUAGAAGCGUGCCAUCUGACCCCCGAGGAGGAAGGGAAGUAUGUGAGUGGCAGGUGGAGCAGCGAUCCAGGAAACAAAUGGCGGGUGCUUCUGCAACCUCAGAAACUGCAGGCCCAUCACAGGCACUUUUACUCAUGUGACUCGCUGGCGCUGUCUGGGCCGGUCAGUCACGUGCGUCUGGUCAUCGCCCCAGAUGGAGGGGUCAGCCGACUCAGACUCUGGGGGCGUCCGACUUCCACAAGACACACCUCCAAACUGUGAUGCAUUAGGCCACAUUAUUGGAUGAGUUUUGGUGAGCUCAUUGUGGAAAUUAAUGGCCUGAGUUUAACAUGUAGGCUACAUAUGAAACCUAAAAAAAUAAACUUUCAUCUGAAAACAUACAA